AACCCACCGAGCAAGCGCCUAAUAACACAGAGUGGCGGUGUCAUAGCACAGAAAAAGAAAAGAAAGCUGCCAGUUCAUUCUUGGGAUCGCCUUCCACCAGCAGAGAAAAGGCAUCAAGCCACUCUCGCGAUUUUUUUCUUCUUCGUCUGUCGUUCAUAGGAGCUAAUUACAUGAUUAUAAAAUGGAUUAUAGACGGGCAAAGAGAGGUAUUUGCGACACUGACGAUGUUUCUGAGAAAAGCCCUGUAUCUAAGCGAUUGGAACACCCGAAGACUGCCUGUUCAGCGCAAUUCAGCACUUUUGAACAUACUCCGCGCACCAACUCUUCCUGGACUUUCUCUCCUUACUGGCUUUCCGGGACCGAUGAUAACGAAAUUAAUACACCCUUGACCUCGGAAGCUUAUAGUGACCUGAAUGGCGAUGCCAAGAGAUAUCCCGACGCUAUGGCGCUGCUGUUCGAAGAAGAGAUGCAAUGCGAUACAGCAGAGUCGGAGGAGAUUUGCUUCGGAAUGUUGUGCGAAGUCAAAGUGCGACUGAAAGACGACCCACGCAUAUUCGUAGGCACUGAUCGUUUCGUUCACAACCCUGCAGACAACGACAAGUCACACCAGCUUCAAAUGAUCCAUCGUGACAACCACAUCGCAGUUCAAUAUACCCCCGAGGUAGACAUGGCCGUUGUCAAUUCGAACGUGACGAAAGCCAUCAGAGCCCUCAAUCACCUGAAUGGACUCCGCUAUGAAGUGCUGGCUUCUGCUGUCGAGCUCUCUGGAGCAAUCUCGAGCUGGGUUAGCAAAGGAAAGACGACAGACUUCUAUGUGGAGAUUAUUAUAUACGGCCCACGAGGAUAUUAUGAUGAAAUAGGCACUAUCUUGUCCAAGUUUCGCUUGUUCCUGCAGCUCCCACGAUACCGUAGCGAUGAUAUACCCUACGAGAACCCCCAUGUCUGGAAGCUGGAUUGUCUGCCGUCCCCGGUUUUGCCUCUGCUCUCUACAGAUCCAAUGCCAGAUCACGCAGCAAAUCCGAUUACUGAGGCCAAUGCUAUACUAAAUGCUCUUGACCAAAGCGACUUUUUAGACUUGGCUGUUAUUGACGAGAGAAUAAUCAAAGAGCUACUAAGUCACCAGAGAACAGGAGUCGAUUUUAUUGCGCAGCGAGAGGGCUGGCGACCCUCGUGCUUCUUCUCAUUAUGGGAACCUCGAAAGAAAGGUCUCAUGAAAUUCUACGAACAUAAGAUUACUGGAACAAGGAACUCAUGCGAACCGCGAGAGACAAUAGGGGGCAUUUUAGCCGAUGAAAUGGGUCUCGGAAAGACCCUGACUGUUCUAUCUGCCAUCGUAGGAAGCAUGGAGCUUGCGGCAUCUUCAAACAGUGUGGACUUACAGUCUGGAAUACCAUUCAAGCCUCAUGGAUUCAAGGUCAAGGCAACAUUGGUAAUUGUUCCUUCCGUGUUGCUCAUUGAUGAAUGGAUGCGGGAGAUAAGAGAACAUGUUGCCACCGACUUCCUCAGGGUAUUAAGGUAUCACGGGUCCAGCAGGGGAGGUGAUGACGUUGACUUUUCCAACUACGAUAUUGUCAUCUCGACAUAUGCUACGAUUGCGACUGAGUUUGGGCGUGGUGCGAGCCAAAUCCACAGUGUUCAGUGGUUUAGGGUUGUUCUCGACGAAGCUCAUUAUAUCCGACACCAGAAUACAAGGCAGUACCGAGCAAUGUCUGCUCUAUCUGCAUCCUUCCGAUGGUGUCUAACGGGGACCCCAAUCCAAAAUUCUCUCGAAGAUCUCGGCGCUUUGGUGCGCUUCCUGAGGGUACCUUUGCUAGAUGCUAAUGACACAUUGCGUCAACAAGUACUGCGACCAGCCGAAGCUGGUAAAGCAAUUGGAUUCACCAAUCUUCAAUCAUUGUUGAAGUCUAUCUGUCUUCGACGCACCAAAGAGUUGCUGAAUCUAGAUGAGCCCGAAGUAACCCGAUGCGAGCUGGCGCUCUCCAGUCAAGAGAAAACUCAAUAUGACCGCAUAAUCAAUGACUCAAGGCAAGAAAUAGACAUAGCUGUCAGUGAUGGCAGGUCAGGAGAGGCAUAUCGCGGAAUCUUCAAAGUCAUUCUUAAACUUCGAUUGUUAUGCACGUACGGCACAUUCUACACUUUGUGGCAGAAGGCGGAAGGAGAUGACUCCAACAACCCCGAGGAGGAAUUUUUCCUCUUACAGCAGUCCGAUCAAGCGAUGUGUCGGCUGUGCUCAUGCGAUAUCGCCUCGAUCAACGACCCAAGUGACCCAAACUCUGGCACUUUUACCAGUUGCUUCCAUCUUCUGUGCAACGAUUGUCAUGUGCAGUAUAAAGAAGAGAUGCCAAAGAAAAAGAAAGGUCGAAUGCAGCUUUGUACGAUAUGUCAGGAAAUGGGUCAAAAAGCUUGUUCUGUGAAGAGACAGCCUAAAAAACAUCGGGAGCAGCUCAGCCUGGAUUACAUAAAUCAGGGUCAUUCAACCAAACUAUCCAAAUUGGUAGAUAACAUUUCCCAGCACAAUAUGAGUGAUAAAGCCAUUGUCUUCUCGGCAUGGAAGGGAACAUUACGUAUAAUUGCAGGACUGCUAGCAGCACGCUUUAUUCCAGUCCUUCAAAUCGACGGCUCCCUUUCAAUAAAAGAACGACAGAAAGUUUUGACCAGAUUUCAGCAAGAUGCCCAGAGAAAUGUGCUCCUGAUGACUCUUGGGACUGGAGCUGUUGGGUUAAAUCUGACGGUCGCAAACCGAAUCCAUCUCGUCGAGCCCCAAUGGAACCCUUCGGUAGAGAAUCAGGCAAUUGGACGCGUUCUGCGGCUAGGACAGCAAAGAAAAGUAUACGUUAUACGCUAUAUCGUGGAGAACAGCAUUGAGAAUUAUGUACAAAGUAAACAAUCCAAGAAGAUCAAACUAGCUGAAGUUGGCUGGAGUGGGGAGAGCCAAGACUUACAGAAUGUGCUUAAGUUACGAUCUGUUCUUGACUAUCAAUAGUCCGUUGAGUAAGCCGGGCAAGGCAUAUACUGCAUUUUCAUGCUCCAUUCAUGGUGAUGACAAGCGUCAAACAUUUUAACUAGGAGCACCAAGAAACUCCACAAAGUAGAAAUGUUUUGAUU